CAAGGAGGUUUGCUGAAAGACGGCUGGAACGUGAAAGACGACGUCGGUUAGCCUACAGAACUGGAACCAGCAAAGUUGAGAGAGGCGAUUGGCAAGUAUGUUUUUGUGGUGAGUUCAUUCCUUAUGAUGUUUAUGUUGUUGGUGGUGGUUGGGGAGUGCUUGUCAAGACUGGCGACUAGUACACAUAGUUGGUCUGAGCAAAUAUACAUUGUGAGUUCAAUGAAAAAGAAGCGUAGAUAUAUCAUGUUCACAAGCGGCAUCCAGAAUGACAUCGACCCUGCCACCAAUCAUGCAAGAGGUCAGGAUAUACACACGCUGGCUGAAGUGCCUCAGUACCACUCGCCAACUACUAACGGCAAUUGAAUUCGUAAACAGUGAAUCCUUUUGCCGCUUUAUGUUGGACCG